AUGGGAAACUCUUCUAACCCCGCUCACAAGGCCGGCGUGGCCCGUUCUGGUUCGUAUCCAUCGCCUACCGACCCUUGUCGCCGCCAGCAUUUCAGUCGCUUCGGAAGAAACACGCAUCAGCAUCCGCCAACAGUCGCUGUCAGCAUCUCCAACUACAUGAGGCGCAUCCGUCCGCACGCACUCGCCAGGAUCGAAGAGACUGGAAGCACGGAAAUGGUCGUGUCGACACGGCUGGGGAGUACCGUCGGGUUUCGUCAGGAUGUCGUUGCAGAUGUUGCCUCGUGCAAGUGCAAGAGUCCUGCCGCCAUACGAUUGUGGACAGGUGCAGUUGGCGCACAAGCAUGCCGCCAGGAUCAGGCGCCAUGGAUCAUCGCCGGACUUGUGCAGGAGUAUUGGCCGACCAUCAGCGACGCAGUCUCGCUUCGUCUCGUCUGGGGCAUCAACCGCGGUCACCAGACUGAGCGCCGAGUUCUUGCUCCCCGUCCCUCGAACCGCAAGGGUCGCCAGGGCGAGCGCGUCAAGGUGAUCCGCUCGGUCGUGCGCGAGGUUGCCGGCUUCGCUCCCUACGAGCGCCGCGCCAUGGAGCUCAUCCGCAACUCCAAGGACAAGCGUGCACGCAAGUUCAUCAAGCGCCGCGUGGGUACCCUGCGCCGUGCCAAGAACAAGAUGGAGAGCCUCACCAACGUGAUUGCCGAGCAGCGCCGCGCCGGUCACUAA